AUGUGGCAAAAACGGUAUCACUGGGUCCUGGCAAGCAUUGUAGCCUUGGGGCUUGUGCUGACCGUGUACCAUACCCAACGACCACAAGAAAACGAGGUCGGCGAUGAAGGUAUAUCUAUUUUCAAGGGCAAUUUGCCACCUGUUCCCGAUUACGAGGAUGGUCACGUCGCCCACGAAGAGGCAUAUACCGCGCCGAAGACUACGCAUACAUUGGCGAACGAGGCGACGGAAGCCACAACACAACCCGCCGCUGCAAAGUGGGAUCCAGCCUGGGAAGAUAAGAAGAAAUGGCCCCAAUGGUCAAAACCAAAUACGACCUCACCCGUCCCGACUUCAGUGAAAUCGAUCUCAAACUCAUCCUCGACAAACUCGACGUCUAUAUCGCACCAGGGAAUAGAUCAGUAUGUUCGCUCAAUUCUCGACUUCGAAGAUGACGAUACAUUCAAGCGUCUUCCCUGUCCCUCCCGGGCUGGAAGCAGGUACAGUCACUUGCGCGAAAUAGCGGAUACAAGCGGCCAAGUGCGAUAUUUCUUCGCGCUGAAUAUGGGCGAGUCGGCGCGCGUCAUCUCACGAAUGAUGAGUUCCAUCGUCGAGGCAAUGCGGUUCCUGGGUCCGAAACACUGUGCUGUAUCGAUUGUCGUUGAGAAGUCGGAUGACGGGACGACUGAGAUAUUGGGCGAGCUUAAGCCACGGGUUGAGGCGAUUGGGGCGCGAUUCUACUUGAUUGAGGUUACAUCUAUUCCGCGCAAUUCGACAGGGAUUUCAAAAGAGAAGCAUAUUGCAGAAUCGAGGAAUAAAGUGCUUGAACCGCUGAAGAUUGUUGGGGCGCAAGGUGUUAUAGACGACUUGGCGGGGAUGUAUUCGCCAGAGGCGUUGAUUGUCUUUGUGGAUCAGAUUGCGCUUUGUCCGGAGGACAUUCUGGAGCUCAUUUUUCAGCAUGUCAACCAGGGGGCGAGUAUGGCUUGUCCGUUUGUGUGGACGGAGAACGGAACGCAGUUUGGGGAUCUCUUGGUGUCGAGGUCACUGGCGGGUGAUACGUUCUUUGAGAUUCCGCAUGAUGGAUCGUUGGCGUAUAGUCAGGAUCUUUUCUGGAAUGAUGAGGUUUCACAACGUCAUUUCAAUAGGGCUCGGCCUUUCCAGGUGUUUUCCUGCUGGGGAGGAAUGGUCACAUUGAACGCAGCGUCCUUUGCUGAGAAAACGUUCUGGUUCCAGAGCAGCAGGCCGGGGGAGUGUCAGAUGGCGUCCUCCAUGCUACUGGCGAGGGACAUGUGGCGUCGUGGCCGUGCAAAGAUUCUAGCGGUUCCAUCAAUCAAUGUCGCUCGAUUUGAUGAAGAGGCGGUUGGUGCUAAGGCUUUGCGGGGAUAUGUGAGCGAUCAUGUCGACUUAUUGCAGCCGAGGCUGGACCAGGCCGAGUACAUCUCAUGGCAGACACAGCCACCAGGAAUGAUCAAGUGUCUGCCUGAUCUGAAACAUCCCAAAUGGAUCGCACCGACAUGA